CAGAACCUAAAGGCAAACCUCUAUCUCCACUCACACACAAAAUGCCUGCAGACUAUAAUGGACGCUGGGAGAUGGUGAAAAACGAGAACUUUGAGGACGUCAUGAAGGGCCUUGAUAUCGACUUUGCCACCAGAAAGAUCGCCUCCCACCUGCACCAGACCAAAGUGAUCGUCCAGAACGGAGACAAGUUUGAAACCAAGACGCUGAGCACCUUCCGAAACUACGAGGUCAACUUCACCAUAGGGGAGGAGUUUGAGGAGCAAACAAAGGCCCUGGACAACCGAAAAGUCAUGACACUGGUUACCUGGGAAGGGGACAAGCUGGUGUGCGUCCAGAAGGGGGAGAAGGAGAAUCGCGGCUGGAAACACUGGAUCGAGGGAGACAUGCUAUACCUGGAAAUCGCUGUGCUCGACAAGGUACAACAUGUCCUGCUUCUCUGCAGCUCUAACAGGAAGAGCACGAACAUCCACGUAGCCAAAGUGAGCUGGGUCAAGUCCCACAGUGACAGGGAGGUGCACACCGGAAAUGGCCAGUUGUGUCUUCAAAAUAAAAGUAAGUCAUAA